CUUUGAAUGGUUUGUGCAACGAAACGAGACGUAUGAGCACUAAAAAUCCUAGUUCUGUGGUUGCGUCUCUGUCGACACUCGAAAGACUGUUGAGCAGUGGAGAGAAAGACGUGGAGCAGUGGCACAGCGUAGUGACGAAAAUACAUCAUCUCAUAAGCAUUCAAGACGCAUGUAGGCGUGACUUUCUGGCGAAAAAAUACAGUGGCGUUGAACUGCUGCUAAGUGCGUUGCAGGUGAGCACUGAUGGUGUGUUGCUGCUCGAUGUCAUACAGAUAUUUGAUGAAAUAGCAAAGAAUGGAAAAGGCUGCUUAGUGUUAGUGAGAAGAGGGACGGUUCCGGUUGUCAUGAAAUUAUUAAAUUGGGUAGCCAAACGUACACCUCAUGACAAGCAGCUCAUCAAUUCUAUUCACAUACUACUGAUCAAAGUUGCAUCUAAAGAAAAGCAGUUUGGUCUGAAGGCAAGACUGUCUGGAAUCCUAGCCGUUCCUCUUGCAGUUGUCCAGCAAGCAGCAGUCAGCACUAUUCCUCGUGGCACUCUGCUUCCUGCACUACAACUCGUCAAACUUGUAGCAACAAAAGGCGUAAACGCUACGUUUCUAGGCAAGCAGGGUGCUGUCACUGCUCUUAUGAAGAUGAUACGGUCUUCGGGAUCUUCAGAUCUCAAAGUUUUGAAAGCAGCAUUGGAGGCUUUAGCCGCAGUGACCACCAGUAAGGUGAAUGCUUCAAAAGUGUGUAGCAAUGGUGGCAUCAAGGCUCUCGUUGACAUGCUGUCAGAGUGGCAUCAUCACGACAAAGACAACAGACAAGUUGCACUAAGGAAGUCUCUACUAACUGUACUAAAUCAUGCAACCGCUGUUGAGGCCGGACAGAGAGCACUGUUGGAUUGUGAUGGCAUGGUUGUGCUGUUUGAAUUUCUUCAUUUACCAACUACAGCUAAGGAUGUGAAACAGCUUGUCACAUUGGCUCUAUUCAUUCUCAGACGCUGCUGCCCGAAGCAGCCUCUCCCAGUGACAUCUUCAAAGCAUUGCAUUUCUUUUGCAUUACCGCUCUCUUCCGGUUCUUCCUCAGCACACAGUGGGAUUAGCAAGUCAUCGAGCAGUCAACACGAGGAUGCACGUAGUCUUGAGUGUGAGUCGUCACAUGGAGGAUCAAUGAAUGGGGAAGUAGACAGUGAUGAGACAAACUGUUGUCCAACAAAGUCUGAAAUAUCUGGAGGUGAAGAUGAUGUCAGUUGUUGUGGUGAAAGGAUCGAUAGCUGUACAGGUAGCAGCAGUGAUGGCUUGUGUGAUAGUGAAGCAGACAAGUCUAUUUGGAGGUGGGAGGUGCCGAUUGAUUUGUCGGUGUUCAACUGUUUUUUCAUGGAGUUAGACAUUGCAGAGGCAAGUACAAAGACUUGUGAGUCUGUUGAUUUAUCUCCACUUCAAACCAGAUUUGCGACCGAGUCUCAACUUCUUUGUACAAAAUUAUCUAAAUGGCAGACAGGAUAUUUACAUCGGCCAACAGUUACAGCAAAAGAUGGAUGGUUUUGUACGGUGGCAUCACCUGAAACAUACGGUCAUGUGUCUCCCAUUCAUCUCACGCCCCUUCACAAGUUGUCAAAAAAGGAUGAGAGGUUGUUGCUGGUCGAGCAUAUUGAGAGAAUUGCUGCAUCAGAGACACUUAUGAAUAGAGUUGUGUUUGAUCUUGAUGAACUGGCAAGGUAUGAGGGUAGAAGAUCUUUAACUGAGACAGCAGUUGUGUGUGUGGAAUCACAAGAGGAAACAGUUGUUGCAAGUCAAGAACCAUGUCAUGAUCAACCUCUCAAGUUUGAGUCCCGGUUUGAAAGUGGAAAUCUAAGAAAGGCAAUACAGGUUCGAAUGUAUGAAUACGAUCUGAUUCUAAAUCCUGACAUUAACAGUGAUCAUCACCAUCAGUGGUUCUAUUUUGAAGUGUCUAACAUGGAAGUUGGUGUGCCAUACCGAUUCAAUAUUGUCAAUUGUGAAAAGCCCAACAGUCAAUUCAAUUUUGGCAUGCAACCUGUUGUGUACUCUACUCACCAAGCUCUUUCUGGUUCACCUUGUUGGACUCGGUCUGGACAGCGAGUUUCAUACUAUCGAAAUAAUUUUUCAAGAUUAAGGAGUGAUGGAGCUCAGACAAAAUCGACUAAUCGUUCAUAUUACACUCUAACUUUUACUCUGAUAUUCCCAUUUGGUGAUGACAUUUGCUAUGUGGCGUACCACUAUCCCUACACUUAUACCAGCUUACAGGCGCAUCUGGCAGAAGCACAAAGCAGUCUGUCUCAAUGUCAUCUCUACUUCUCUCAUCAAACCCUUUGCACCACACUAGCAGGAAAUCGUUGUGACUUGUUAACAAUAACCAGUCCAGUGAGUGACACUGCUAACUCUAUCUCAGCACCACAUGACCAGAAGAAGUACGUCUUUCUAACUGCGAGAGUUCAUCCAGGAGAGUCAAAUGCCAGUUGGUUGAUGAAAGGUGUUUUGGACUUCCUGCUUAGCACAGACCCUUCUGCUGAUGAACUGAGAGACCAGUUUAUAUUCAAAAUAGUUCCAAUGCUCAAUCCUGAUGGAGUCAUUAAUGGAAGUCAUAGAUGUUCUCUGUCUGGCCAAGACCUGAAUCGUUGCUGGAUCAAUCCGGAUCCAAUACUUCAGCCGACGAUAUACCACACAAAAGCUCUGCUUCAGUAUCUGUUGACUAAAGACAAAGGUCCCCUGAUAUAUUGCGAUUUUCAUGGCCAUUCACGAAAGAAGGGUGUGUUUAUCUAUGGCUGCAGUAGCACAGACAGCGAUCGAGCAGAGGAGAUGGUGCCUUAUGUUCUUAGUCAGACAGCACCACUGUUUGAGCAUAACAACUGUAGCUUCUCAGUUGAAAAAUCAAAAGAGGCGGCGGCACGUGUGGUCGUGUGGAGACAGAUGGGAGUUCAGAGAAGCUACACGAUGGAGAGUACGUAUUGUGGAGCCGAAACGGGCAUAUACAAGGGCAGCCAGGUUACUACCGAGCAACUGGAAGUAAUGGGCAAGUUGUUUUGUCAAGCUCUCUUGUGCUUGCAAAAUGAACUACAUCCAACUGAGAGUUUUAGUUCUCUGUGUGAAGAACCGAUGGCGCAAGCUGUUGCAACGGAUGGUCGCGAUUCGUGUUGCUGUAGUGAUGACGAUGAUUACUCUCUCGCAACAGAGUUUGAUCAAUUCGACGAAAGUGUGGCAAGCAAAUCAGAUGAAAGAUGUCUAGACCACACACAAUAUGAUGAUACAGAUACAUGACAUUAUAUAUAGGUAAUCAAUUAUUUUCAUUACAGACGGACAUUCUAGUCGAUAUUCGAUGAUUAAUGUCAAGGAACGAUUUUCUAUAUAUGAUAAUAUAUGUUUAUUUACA